AUGAAUCGUCCAGAGGGCGGCAUAUCCUUUGAUGCCCUGGAGAACCCCGAAUCACGGUUGAGGACAGGUCCAAUCACUUCUACUUCUUCCAAUAUACAUGGGCAGAACAACAUGAAAAAUUGGGGGGUGCGAAUCGUUCACGAGGCUCCCCCAGAGGGUAGCGAACCCCCCAACUCGGCGACCGGAACGAUGCCAAAAGAUGACGUUUAUCUCCCAUACAUGUCCAAUUCACUUGCCCUCAAAAUCAAGCCCACGGGGUCUUCGCGUGGAGAUGGCGUUUUUACUAUACGUCACUUUCCGGCAGGCCACAGAAUCAUAUAUAAGGGACCAGUAUUCACCUGUGUUCAUCCAACGCGGAGAGAUGCGACCUCGUGGAAGAUGGCAGUCAUUCAGCGUUGGCGUCUCAACUCGGUGAGGGAGCAAACACGGAUCAAGUCCCAUUUCCCCAAGAUUAGAUAUAUGCCAUCGGGCACGCUAGAGCCCACGGCACUUGAGGCCAUGGAUUUUCUCUGCUUUAUCUUGGAGUACGCUUUUAGCAAUCCCGGGUGCAGCAGGGCCAACAUCUACCGCCUUGCGUCCCACAUCAACCACGCGUGCAGAAAGUGCGCCAAUGCCGAGAUAUCGAUCGGACCAGGGACGCCGAACCUCAUCACCGUCAGACUUGUCAGGAAGGUGAAGAAGGGCCAGGAAAUAUUCAUCAACUAUGACAGACCUUCGGGCAAUGCGUAUGGUUGCGCCGUCUGCGGCAUCCGGGAUGGGGAGACUUCUCGCCUUAAACAAUUCUGGCACGGCAUGGUUCGCCUGGCUCGCGGAGUUCCAUCAAAUCAGGGUGAGCGGGAGCAUACUUUGGCUCAGCCUUCUCCUCCACUGAGCGCGGGAACCUCAGCACCUGUUGUGGCUUCAGCGACCACCGAAGCCCCAGUAGCUGUUAAUGUCACGGCAGACGUCGUGGGUUCAGCAACGGCUGAAGCCCCAUCAGGCGCUGUUUCCGACUCACAAAGCAUCACGGGGUCAGCGACCGGCGAAGCCUCAGCAGAUGCUGAUGGUACAAAGGAUGCCAAGGCUCCAGCAGACACGGUAGCAACGGUAGUACCGGUAGGGGACGCCGACUCACACGAGACUUUUCGGCAGAGGGUUUCGGCCCGAUGGGCCUCGUUCCGCGCGAGGAUGAAAUGA